AUGAAGACUUUCCCCUAUGCCGCUGCCGCCGCCGUUGCCUGCCUCGCCACGCAGUCUUCAGCUUACGACGAGACUACCGUGUGCCCAAUCUCGGAGACUGCCAAACUACUCGCGCUUGCCUCGAACCAGUACCUCAACUCGUGCCAAACCGCCUCGAGUUACUCAUUCGUGCCGCCGUCGGCCUACCCCACGGAAACCCAAGUCCUACUCAUGUGCCUGACACCGGACUGCCACUCGCUCAUUGGUGACCUGCUGGACCUUAAACCAGCGGACUGCGUGAUCAACUUCGGCACCGUGUCGAUCAACGUGCUGCAGCUCGCAGAGAGCUUCCAGCCCAACUGUACGGCUCUAGGUCUCUAG